GUAAUUUCAUUACAACCGAUGAUCUUUCUCGUAUCCAUACGCAACUCUGGGGACAAGAACAGCACGCAUCUUCCAAUUAUAUCUACAAAUCAUUAAGCCUCGCUCUGCAAUUUCCCCUUUUUAACCCUUCCACCACUACCACACCGACGAAACCAUAAUCAAUGGCUGCCGCGUUACAAUUACAAACACACCCUUGCUUCCAUGGCACGUGCCAACUCUCACCUCCGCCACGACCUUCCGUUUCCUUCCCUUCUUCCUCCCGCUCGUUUCCAUCUAGCAGACGUUCCCUGUCCGCGCAUGUGAAGGCGGCGGCGUCGUCUUUGUCCACCACCACCUUGCAGGAAGGGAUAGCGGAGUUUUACGAUGAGUCGUCGGGGAUUUGGGAAGACAUAUGGGGUGACCAUAUGCACCAUGGAUAUUACGACCCGGGUUCCGAUGUUUCGGGUUCAGAUCAUCGUGCCGCUCAGAUUCGAAUGGUCGAAGAAUCGCUCCGUUUUGCUGGAAUAUCGGAGGACCCAGCAAACAGACCCAAGAGAAUAGUUGAUGUUGGGUGUGGGAUAGGAGGCAGUUCUAGGUAUCUAGCAAGGAAAUAUGGGGCAAAAUGCCAAGGCAUUACUUUGAGCCCUGUUCAAGCUGGAAGAGCCAAUGCUCUUGCUAAUGCUCAAGGACUAGCAGACCAGGUUUGUUUUGAAGUUGCAGAUGCCUUGAACCAACCAUUCCCUGAUGACCAAUUUGAUCUUGUUUGGUCUAUGGAAAGCGGAGAACACAUGCCUGACAAACCCAAGUUUGUUAAAGAGCUGGUGCGAGUGGCAGCUCCAGGAGGCACAAUAAUAGUAGUGACAUGGUGCCAUAGGGAUCUUGGUCCAUCUGAAGAGUCUUUGCAGCCAUGGGAGCAAAAGCUUUUAAACAGAAUAUGUGAUGCUUACUAUUUACCAGAGUGGUGUUCUACUUCUGACUAUGUCAAAUUAUUUCAGUCCCUAUCUCUCCAGGAUAUAAAGGCAGGAGAUUGGACUGAGAAUGUAGCACCCUUUUGGCCAGCAGUGAUACGUUCAGCAUUGACAUGGAAGGGCUUCACAUCGCUGCUACGAAGUGGAUUAAAAACAAUAAAAGGUGCACUGGUGAUGCCAUUGAUGAUCGAAGGUUUCCAGAAAGGGGUGAUAAAGUUUGCCAUCAUUGCUUGCCGGAAGCCAGCUGAGUAGGCCAUAACCCAAAUCUUAAUUUCUACCGUAAUUCAUCCGCUCAAAUCUGUGUCAAUGGUGAAGAUUCUAUAUUACAUUGCUUUAAACAUCCCUUAUGGUGUAAGCGAAAAUGAGCAAAUAAAGUUGUAUGCAAAACUGAUGCCACUGCAAUACGUAUGGAGUUUUGAAUAAAUUGUUUGUUCCAUUUCUAA